CUACCCACACUUCUAUCCCAGCUUCCAUCCUCUCUACUGCGGCUGUCUCUGCUGUGGGACCUUCGGUACCGACAUUAUGGGGCUUACGCUAAAUCGACCCAUGGCUCCGUCUCUGGUGCUGAAGAAGGAAGGUCUGUUCCAGACGAAAUCCCAGGCUUACAGGAUCCCGGCCCUGCUCUACCUGGCCCAGCACCACAUCUUCUUGGCAUUUGCCGAGCAGAGGGCCAGCAAGGCUGAUAAGCAGGCCAAGCGCAUUGUACUGCGCAGAGGGAAAUACAAGGCAUCAGCCCACCGGGUGCAGUGGCAAGAGAUGAAAGUGGUGAAGACAGCUCAGCUGCCAGGCCACCGGUCCAUGAACCCCUGCCCUGUGUAUGAUGAAGUCACGGGCACCCUGUUCCUGCUGUUCAUAACCAUCCAGGGCCAGGUUACUGAAUACCACCAGAUCCACACCAAGACCAACGUGGUGCGUCUGUGCUACGUGACCAGCAAGGACCAGGGGGAGACCUGGAGCCGUGCCAAGGACCUCACCAAUUCUACCAUUGGGGCGGUCCACAAGCAGUGGGCCACCUUUGCCAUUGGGCCGGGCCACGGCGUGCAGCUACACAACCAGUCUCGGAGCCUGGUGAUCCCCGCCUAUGCUUAUCGGAUCCUCGGGCCUCAGAAGCCCACGCCCUAUGCCUUCUGCUUUCUCAGUGAUGACCAUGGAAAGACAUGGCAGAUGGGAAACUUCAUAGCCAUGGGGAACACCUUGGAGUCCCAGGUGGUGGAGGUGGAUGGCCAUGGCCAGAGAGUCCUGUACUGUAACUCCAGAAGCACCCUCGGGGCAAGAGUCCAGGCCGUCAGCCUGGAUGACGGAGUACACUUCACAGGUGCUCAAUGGAUCAAGAAACUGGUUGAACAACCACUGGGCUGCCACGGAAGUGUGGUUGGCUUCCCGAAUCCCACCAAAAAUGUCUCGAGCCCUGUGGAUACCUGGCUGCUUUACUCCCAUCCCACAGACCCACUGAAGCGGAAGGAUAUGGGCUUGUAUCUUAAUAGGGAUCCCUUGGACCCAGAAGGCUGGACCAAGCCGGCCAUCCUGAUGAAAGGCUCCUGUGCUUACUCAGACCUCCAGUACAUGGGGCCAGGCCCCAAUGGGUCACCCCAGUUUGGCUGCUUGUUUGAAUAUGGAAAUUAUGAUCAAAUACUUUUUGUCAUGUUCACCCUGGAGCAAGCUUUCCCCUCCUGACUCCUCCUGCUGUUCAAGAUUUGGUUCUACUGCUCCGAUUCCUUUCUUUUCCUCUUGGAGUGAUGGCCCCAAGAUGCAUCACUGUCCUUUCUCUCUGGGGCCCUCAGGAUUCGUGAGUCCUCAAUGUUAAUCUUUGGCUUCGUCCAUUAA